AUGGAUAAUGAUGCAAUUAGUUAUAUUGGGCAAAUCUCUGCUGAGAAAGAUACAUGGAAGUUGAAGGGUGAUAAGAGUCAGGUGAUUGUAAAGAAGGUUUUGAUGUCUGUGUUUGAAAACCAGCUUGAGGAAGGUAGUGCAGUCGUUCUUAGCAAGUUUGGUGUUGGUGAGAUGAAUGACAAGUUCCCUAUCAUCAAGCAUUCGUAUAAGCUCAUCUUCUACCAUCAAACAAAUGUCAAACGCUGUGAAGAUUUCAAAGGACCUUUAUAUGGUUUUCAGUUGGUUGAUUUUCAUCAUAUAAUAAAUCGCGAUGUUGUCGUUGAAUCAACAAUUGACGUAAUGGGUUAUGUCGUAUCUACUAUCGAGAUGGAAGUGUUUAAUCGUUCUGGAAAGGAAAGCAAGGGGAUAAGUUUUGAGAUUUUUAACUUGAGUAGAGAGACGAUUGCUUGUAUUUUGUGGAAUAAUUUUGCACAACAGUUUUCCACAUUUCUUCAAGGCUAUUUAAGUGAUGGAGUUGUCAUUGUUCUACUUCAAUUUGCCAAAGUUCAGAAUUGGAAAGGCAGCCCAAAUAUUCAAAAUGCAUUUUUUGGUAGUCGAUUGUUUAUCAACGUGGAUGUUGAGGAAAUAACAAUUUCAGGAAGAGUCUCAUUCAAGUUCUUCACAGAUACACCAGCUGCAUUGUCAAGUCAUACUGUUUAUUCUUCUCGUGAAGAAUUCCUAAAGAAGAACCACAAAAAGUAUGCUGAAGAGAUUUGGGAUAUUACCAAGGAGUCUAUAUUUGUUGUUCUUGGUACUAUAAGGUCUAUUGAGGAGGAUUCAAUGGAGUCUGUAUUUGUUGUUCUUGGUACUAUAAGGUCUGUUGAGGAGGAUUGUGAAUGGUUUUAUGUUACAUGUUCGAAGCGUAGCAAGAAGGUUAUUCCUGCUUUAGAGGUUAGUGGUUUGAAUGAUAUAGAUAGAGAAGUUGUUGCUGAUGAUGUUGGUGUAUUUUACUGUCCCAACUGUAAAAUUUGCUCUCCAACAAUUAUUCCUAGAUACAAAAUACGUGUUAGGGUUCAAAAUACAUUUAAUAUUGCUUUUAGGAUGGAGAGGAACAUGGUUGGCCAAGAGAAGUUAAUGAUUGGGAAGAGAUAUAUUUGUUGGAAAUUUGGUGAAUGGGUAUUUAGUGAAUUAUAA